CUCCCCCCAAUCCCCCUAAGCUCUCUCUCUCUCUCUCUCAGGCCCCCUCUCUCCCUCUCUCUCUCUCUCCUCUUACUUCUCUUUCCCUAGGAAUGGACAAGCAAGAAACGGAAGCCUCAUCUAGCCAGCACCGAGAAGAAGAUCAACAGCAAGAAGCAGCAGAAGCCCUGGAAAUAAACACAACCCAUCAUCUAACAGUCCCACACGGGCUAACCCAAGACGAGUUCGACUCACUCAAGCACGUGGUGACCGAGUUCCACAGCUACCGAGUCAACUCAGGUCACUGCUCAUCCCUACUCGCCCAGCGCAUCCAAGCGCCGCUCCGCUACGUCUGGCCCAUGGUGCGCCGCUUCGACAAACCUCAGACCUAUAAACACUUCAUCAAGAGCUGCAGCGUCAGAGAAGAUUUCAGAAUGACGGUCGGCGACACGAGGGACGUCAACGUCAUCUCCGGAUUACCGGCUGCAACCAGUACGGAGAGGCUGGAUAUGCUGGACGACGACCGACACGUCACGGGGUUCAGUAUUAUUGGCGGCGAACAUCGGUUGAGGAACUACAAGUCGGUGACGACUGUCCAUGAGUUUGACCGUGACGGGAGGAUCUGGACCGUCGUUUUGGAAUCGUAUAUCGUUGACGUGCCGGAGGGGAACACGGAGGAGGACACGCGUCUGUUUGCUGAUACGGUUGUGAGGCUGAAUCUUCAGAAGUUGGCGUCGGCGACUGAAGCUAUGUCACGUGAUCAUCAUCAAACCGGUGGUGGUGGAAGUGAGUUGAGGUCAUGAGGUGACUGUUUUUGGCCCAUGUGAAUAUUUCUCAAGAAUGCCAAGAAAAAGUCCAAGAAGAAAUGGAAAAAUGAAAAUGGGUUGGUUUUUUUUUUUCUCCUUUUUUUUCUUCUGUAUUUCUCAUGUGGGAUCUUGAGUUUAUUUCUUUUUUAUUAGGAAAAAGAAAUUUGGAGUUUAUGUUUUUGGCUCAAAAAUUUAGGUGGGGAUCACAAAAUUGUAAAACACCUUUUGGUUCAAUCAAGAAUGGAAUGAUCAAUGAACUAUGGAACGUGAUGGCAUUUUAAGAUUU